UUCUGUUUAAUCAUUUUGUAAUGCAUUAAUGGACAGGCACCACACUAAACCAUCAUAACCCAGUACAUUAUGGGAUAUAUAUACCCAGGAUAUCCUGUUGCCAAUAUGUUGUUCAGGGUUUAUGGAUCUAUUAGCACGGUACAGGCCAUCACUUUCUUGCACGACUUCAAGCUCGGUCACUAUAUGAAAAUCCCUCCCACAACGAUGUUCAUGGCACAGAUUUUUGGAACUCUCAUAGCUACCAUUGUCUACUUGGGAACUGCAUGGUGGCUGAUGGAAACCAUUCCUGACUUAUGUGAGGAUCCAUCAUCCAUAUGGACAUGUCCCACUGACACUGUGUUUUAUAAUGGAUCGGUCAUAUGGGGUUUGAUGGGUCCUCGAAGGAUCUUCGGGGACUCGGGGACUUAUUCCGCCAUCAAUUGGUUCUUCUUAAUGGGAGCUAUAGCUCCGGUCCUCGUAUGGGUAGCCUCCAAGGCAUUCCCAAAACAAGAUUGGAUUAGACUUGUUAACAUGCCGGUGCUGAUUGCAACCAUAGCAGCAAUGCCUCCGGCCACUGCGGUUAACAUAUCCACUUGGAUCAUUGUGGGAUUCCUGUCAGGAUUUGUGGUUUAUAGGUAUUGGCCGGAUUGGUGGGGCGACAUAAUUAUGUACUUUCUGGUGCUCUUGAUGCUGGCCUUGCCUUCAUGGCGGUGCUAUUGUAUUUUGGUUUGGGCUUAGAAGGUGUUGGUCUCCAUUGGUGGGGAAAUGAGCUUGAUGGGUGUCCCUUAGCUUCUCGUCCCACUGCCAAAGGGGCUGCAGUUGAAGGUUGCCCUGUUCACCAUUGAAGAUAUGUAUAUUGGAUCAGAAAUAUGGUAGUUUUGACGGUUUGUAUAUAUACAUACAUACAGACAACAUAUAUAUACUUUUUCCUUUUUGUAUUAAUUGCGAGAAUAUUCAAAACAUUGGCGAUGGACCAAAUUAAUAUUAAUCAAUUUUUGUGUAAACUCAAGAAAAAUGUAUGCCUUACAAAUCGAAAAACAUUAAUGACAGAACUUUUGGCUUCGAAAGAGUAUUACUUGUAAAU